UCUCUCUCUCUCUCUCUCUCUCUCACAUCAUCCUCUCUCUCUCUCUCGUCGUUAAGAAAUUAGACAUGGCUCAGGAAGAGACCCAGAAACCUGCCGCAGCCGCUACUUCUGAGCAGGGUGGUCCCGCCCCAUCUCCGACGCCUCCUCCACAACCGCCCCCGCCGAACGAGGAAGCUCUGGUUAUCCAGAAGGAGGUCUCGGCCCCUGCUCCGGUGGAGAAGCCGGUCGCAGAUAAGGCAGUGGAUUCGCCGGUUCCAGAGGCUGAGAAGCCUGCAGUUGUGACGGCGGAGGAAGGAACCGCUACUGUGGAAGCGGAGAAGCGAAUUGUGCACUCGGAUUCGUUCAAGGAGGAGAGCUAUGUGGCCUCGGAGCUGCCCGAACCUCAGAGGAAGGCGCUUGAGGAAUUCAAGGAGCUUGUCAGAGAGGCUCUUAACAAGCGCGAAUUCACAGCUCCGGCGAAGGAGGAGGAGAAGAAAAUAGAGGAAGAGACAAAAGAAGAAGAAAAGAAGGAAGUGACUCUAGCACCGGCUGAGACCAAGCCAGAGGAAAAACCGUUUGCUCCUGUGACCACCGACACGAAGAAAGAGGAGAAUUCGGCUGUACCGGUGGAGGAGGAGAAGCCGGCGGCUCCUGCACCAGCACCGGCUGAAACCAAGCCGGAUGAGGAACAGCAGGCUACACCCGCGGCGGCAGUGACCAAGGCAGAAGAGGAUAAGCCGGCGGAGUCGUCAACCAUAACAAUCGAGAAGGCCUUCGCCGCUGACGAGGACGGCGCCAAGACCGUGGAGGCGAUCGAGGAGACGAUCGUGUCCGUCUCUGCUCCGGAGACCACCGCUCCUGCCACAGCCGACGAGGCUUCCGCGGCGGAGGAGCCGGUGGAGCCAGAGGAAGUCUUAGUCUGGGGAGUUCCUCUCCUCCAGGACGAGAGAAGCGACGUGGUCCUCCUCAAAUUUCUCAGGGCUCGUGACUUCAAGGUCAAGGAAGCCUUCACCAUGCUCAAGAACACCGUCCGCUGGCGUAAAGAGAACAACAUCGACGAGCUUGUGGGAGAAGACCUCGGAGGGAGCGAUUUCGAGAAGAUAGUGUUCGCGCACGGCGUGGACAAGCAAGGACACGUGGUGAUCUACAGCGCCUACAGCGAAUUCCAGAACAAGGAAUUGUUUUCAGACAAGGAGAAGCUGAACAAGUUCCUGAAAUGGAGGAUUCAGUUCCAGGAGAAGUGCGUGAGGGCUCUUGAUUUCAGCCCGGCCGCGAAGUCGUCGUUCGUGUUCGUCAGCGACUUCAGGAAUGCACCUGGGCUUGGGAAGAGGGCUCUGUGGCAGUUCAUCAGACGCGCCGUCAAGCUGUUCGAGGACAACUACCCUGAGUUCUCCGCCAAAGAGCUGUUCAUCAAUGUUCCAUGGUGGUACAUUCCAUACUACAGAACCUUCGGGUCCAUCAUCACGUCGCCUAGGACCAAGAGCAAGAUGUUCCUCGCCGGUCCAUCCAAAUCGCCCGACACCAUUUUCAAACACAUAGCUCCUGAACAAGUCCCGGUUAAGUACGGUGGAUUGAGCAAAGAGAGCCACUCCGAGUCACUCUUCGCCACAGAAGAAACCGUGACCGAAGCCAUCGUUAAGCCCGCAGCCAAAUACAGCAUCGAUUUGCCUGCUUCUGAGGCUUGCACUAUCUCAUGGGAGCUUAGGGUUCUAGGUUCAGACGUGAGCUACGGAGCUCAGUUCGAGCCGAGCACCGAGGGAAGCUACACAGUGAUCGUCUCCAAGAACAGAAAGAUGGGUUUAACCGAUGAACCGGUGAUGACCGAUGCGUUCAAAGUGGGUGAACCGGGCAAGGUCGUUAUCACCAUCGAUAACCAGAGCUCCAAGAAGAAGAAGCUGCUCUACAGGUUCAAAACCCAACCUAGGUCCGACUGAUUCUCAACAGAGAGAGAUGAGAAGAAGAAAUGAUUUUUUAUUUAUUUAAUUUAGUUUGUUUGUUUUUAUUAUGUAAUUUUUGAAGCUCGAAAGAGGGUGGGGGGGUUGGGUUGUGUUUUGGUCCUGUGAGGGUUUGCUUUUGUUUUUUUUUUCCGCAAGGGGGAAUUGACGAUGAUGUGCUUUAUACAAGGAUUGUGUGUGGAAUCAACUUUGUUUCAUUCAUUUUUCUUUUGUCUUCCAUCGCCACUUUAUCGUAA